GCUUGGUUUUAAAUCAGUAAUAAACAUCUAAUUACAAUAUUCCAUUUUGCAGGGAUCAGAUGAAAAGAAAGAAAUCGCCAACUUCUCGGUAACACGUUGGAGCAACAUGUCUAAUACUACCACAGUGUUACGUUAUCUGACAACUCUGACAGAACAAAUCGUGGACAGACAGACUAAUCUAAAAUUCCAUCCUGUCACGGUUGUCUUCGAUGAAUCUGACAGAAAGGAAGCCGUGUCUUUGUGUAUCAUGAAUAACGUCAUGUCUUCAGUUUCCCUUGACAAGCGAGUUGAGAUAUUUAACAACGUCAGAAGACUCCAGUCAGUGCUGCCAAGUAUUCAAUUAUCAGUGAAUGACUUCAAACUGUUCUGUGAUCUUCCGUUCUCUCAAUUCGAAUCCACAGGCGUAUAUGUCAACAUGUGAAUUGACUGAUGUCCGAACUGACCUGUGAUCAGUUAAAGAAGUGGUCAGUAGUGACUGUAGUGGAUGGAUGUUUAAAAAGAACUAUAUGGUGUUCAGAAACAGCUAACUGAGUGUUGUAUAUAAUUAUGCAUAUACUAUGACGAUAGUAUGAAAAAUGACAAAUGAAAACAAUAUAGAUUUAUAUUGCUGUAAACUAAAUCCUAUAGUCCAUGGGCUACAUAGGGUCAUUGUGCACCCCCAAUACAACAAUUCAUUUGUCACCAGUGUUUCAGGGUAUCCUCAAAUGUAAUUUCUUUUUGUUGAAAAUUGAAUAAUCUUAUUUUGCCAUCACUUCUCACAGGCUUGAAUUUAUUUUAUGGUGUCUUUCCCACCUCCAUGGAACAGAACUAUGGUCCUAUAUUGAGGUAAUAAAUUAUUUGUGCUAAAAUAUUUUGAUGACACUGGACCUAACCUUACCAGGGGAUCCUUUGCACUUACAAUAUUGUAUGUAUGUAUGUGCGUGUGUGGAACAUUUCGGAUAUGAAUUUAAAUUAUCAGUCAAAGACUGUCUAUACUGAUCUUGUAGUCUUUGACUUACAGUAUUAGUGAUUGCUUUCUUACUUGUAAUAUUUUGAUUUAACCUAUAAUUUUCCAAGCCUAACAUGUUUAGGGCAUCUUUUGUAUUAAUUAACCAAUUAAAACUAUGCCCAUGAUUAACAGUUUGACAUAUCAUGAUUCUGUAUAAUAUUGCUGAUAUUUUACAGGCCUUUCCAGUUAUGAGCGAGGCCCAAACAUUUGGCAUCCUGGUUUUAAUGGUAAUACCUAGGUAUGUCUCUUAAGAAAUGUAAUUGAAUUUGUUCGAUAAUUUGGCUAUUACCAAUUCUCCAGAUUUCUGAGGAAUACGGGGUAAUUGAGACAAUAGUACUAUCAAAAAUUCGCAGUUGGUAAUCUAUAGGUAGAUUUAAAUUUAUAGUUAUAAUGUUUAUUAACGUUAUUGUUUGGGUUUUUUUUUUUUUUUUUUUUUUAGCCUGCGCUAUAAGAAUUGUUUUUGUUUCAACAAAUGAUCCAGUUCUAGAAUAUAUAAUGCCUAAUUAUUUGUAUGUAUUAACAAUGUUCAAUUUGAUGUUUUUAAUACAAAAUGACUUAUUUCUUGGUUAUUUUGAACCAAAUAUAAUUAUUUUAGAUUUAUCAAUAUCUAUUUUCAAUCUCCAUUUUUCACAAUGUUCUGGAAAAAAAACAUUUAAUGAUUUGUGUAGGUCCUUAGGGGAUUCUGCUAGAAUGACAGUGUCAUCAGCAUGUAGUAAUGAAGUAAUUACUAUAAAUAAAUCAAUGUUGUCUUUUUUUACUCAAAUUCAAUACCAGUAUAGGUUCUAAUAGACCAAAUCAAUUCCUAUUGCCGGUAAUGUUAACAUUUGCUAAUAAAACUGAUAUAAGCAGCGCACCAACACACCCAGAAAGUAAUGCAAUAAAAGUGUGGCACCCCACACCUAAUCUACUUGCAAGAAAUUGGGGGCGUCACAUACCAUUUAAGAUAUUUAUUUAAGGAUUUUAAUAGCAACCGUCAUUUUUCCUGCAAAUUGCAGUUCUAUUUUGGGGUACCC